ACAUAUUAUAUCGCUCGCUACUGUUUACAUCAUUCUACGAUUCGACUCAUUCUGCGCGUUACCAUCGUUGCGAGCAAACCAAGAUGAACAUCGAUCCAAUUCGUCGAAACGUAUCACCGCUUACGUACACCUCUCAAUCAUCCCAACAUCUCGAUGAUCAAGAGCUCUUCAAACGAAAUACCAGAAGCUCUCAACCGGUCGAUAAAGCAUUCAGCAAAUCGACCGAACCAUGAACCUUUACAAUCGGCCGACGAAGUGGACUUUAGGUCGAUUCUCCUUGUAGAUUCGCCUAGUUUCCUGCCACGAUCAACGAACCCGAUCCUUGAGAAUCCAAUAAUUGGCAACGUUCCAUCGAUCGUUUCCAACACCACGGUGGCGGCCUGCCUCUUGGAAAACGACGCGCCGUUCCAGGGAAUCGAGUGUCGUACCCGUUUCGAUUAAUCUUGCUGGAUAUAGCCUCGAGGGAGUCUCGUCUUGUCCAACACAGUUGCAAAGGGAACGAAAGGUGGAUAACAGUCGAAGUUCGAGAGAAUCGUUUCGACGUGGUCGACUCGAGUAACGGGCAACAAUUUGCCAAUUGAUUAGCCGUGUUUCUUUCUCCUCUUCUUCCAAGCGGAAUCCAAGCCUUGAGGUGUUUCCUCGUUCCAGAUUUUCUGACACAAAGACACACACCGAGAACUCGAGCAAUUUUAUGGAGAACUGAUUCGCAAAUUGGCCGUGUUCCUCGAUCUUGCUUCUUUCUUCGUUCCCUCGACGAUUGGACGUGUCUCAGUUGUAAAGGUACGCGAUCGUUUGGCUUCUGACAGCAGCAACGCUUCCAUGUCAGGCGGCGAGCCAUGACAACGGAGACAACGAUGGAAACGUGGAGGACUCGGUAUUGGACGAGACAACCGAGGAUUAUUGGGCCGGAAGUGGAUCAAAUCCCGAGGAGGACGACAUGCUUCACAACGAAACCAGGGAAGCGUUAACACACGAGGCCAGCGACCACGAAGCUGUGGUGUACGUUGGAGAUGGAGCAGCGUACGUACCAGUACCGUCAUUGAAAGGAAGACCGUUGAGCCCGAAUCUCCAAGCCCUUCAAACUCUCCAGGGUUUGCAAGGAAUAGCCGGAGGCGGAGGCACAGGGGUAGUCGGGGACGAGGACUGGAAGAGGCAUCCGGAAUCUUGGGAUCGGGAACACAGGAGAUACAGGCCUAAUACCACUCGAGUUCAACAUAUCGAGGCGGAAUGCCAGGACGAUUACAUGAAGAUCAGGAUCGGUUUCAACGGUUCCUUCACCGGUCUCCUCUACUCGGCUGGUUACUCUUACGACCCGGACUGCAUGUACGUGAACGGAACAGGUCGAGACUACUACGAGUUCUACAUUCAGUUGAAUCGUUGCGGCACCCUUGGCGAGAACACCCAUCAUCAGGACAGUCGAAAAAAUCCUACGAAAAACCUGAUGUGGAACACGGUCACGGUGCAGUACAACCCGCUCAUCGAGGAAGAAUUCGACGAGCAUUUCAAAGUGACUUGCGAAUACGGCUACGACUUCUGGAAGACCGUCACCUUCCCCUUCCUCGACGUCGAAGUCGCGACGGGGAAUCCCGUAGUGUUCACCCUGCAGCCACCAGAGUGCUACAUGGAAAUCAGAUACGGUUACGGGACCACUGGAACUAGAGUGGCUGGACCAGUCCGCGUCGGGGAUCCACUGACUCUCAUUAUCUACAUGCGCAGCAAAUACGAUGGUUUCGACAUUGUCGUAAACGAUUGCUACGCUCACAAUGGUGGAAAUAAAAGGAUCCAGUUGAUCGAUCAAUACGGAUGUCCCGUCGACGAUAAAUUAAUCAGCAGAUUCCGUGGAUCCUGGUCUGAGAGCGGCCUCUUCGAAACUCAGGUAUUCGCCUAUAUGAAAACGUUCAGGUUCACCGGUUCGCCAGCAUUGUAUAUUGAGUGUGACGUAAGAAUGUGCCACGGAAGAUGCCCGAGUCAACCGUGUCAUUGGAGAAAUGCCAAAAACGUAGCGAAACGUUCUCUGCCAGAAAUUGGUGGCCCAUCGACACCAGCGACGAGUCUGUCGGAGAAUGUGAAUCUCUUCCAAUCGUUACGUGUGCUUCAAGAGGGCGAGGCAGAUACAGAAUUCUUUCAGAAUUCUACUACAGCUUUUCGAAGUGGAACCAAUGAACCAACGAACGAUAGAGUGUGUCUUAGAUCGACGGUUCUUAGUACGGUUAUAGGAAUCGGUUGUGGUUUCCUUUGUCUAAUGGCAGGAACGAUAUUAGCAAUGUGUUCGCGAAUUCGACGACAAGCUAGGGAAAAGCUUCUAUCCGACAGCAUAAGUUAUAUGACACAUAAAGGUAGAAUUAACUGAACGCGACCACUUUGCAUAUUUUUUUCUUUUUCUCUUCUUCUUCGCUGCGUUUCCGUCGGUAUAAAUGUUUGAGAAAAUUGCCGGAGGUAUAACCUCUGUUGGUAAUAAUGCGAGGAAGAUUACCGCAAUCGGUAAAAAUGAGAAUAAGCUCAAUACUUUUUCAAUCGACGGUUGUUAAAAUCGAAAAAACAAGUUCACGAGUCGUAAUGUAUUUAAAAAUUGUGUAUCUCUAAAGUUAAGGAUAUUUAUCACAGACGAAUAGAUGUGAUAUUUUUGGAUCUUUCAUGUUUUUAAAUAUUGAUCUCGAAAAAAAAAAGGUAUCGCACACGAUACUACCAUUUUAAUUCGUCAAAUUCUUGGAAUUUCGAAAAUUCUUGGAAAUGAUGUCAAAUUCCAGGAAUCAUCCAAAUCGUGGAGAGAAAAUUUUGGCCAAAAAUUCGAUUUUGCAUUAGGAGAACGUAAUAUGAUAGGAGAUUGAUCAAGAAAUUUCUCCAGGAAUUUUUACGUCAAAUAUUUUUAUAUUUUGUAUACUUAGUUACGAAUUAUUUAGUUUUUGUAUAUUUACCCUUUAUAGUAAUCAUUUUUUAAGAUUGUUCAUCAGUUUUUCUUAAUUCUAAGAAUAUUUUUCAUUUGGAUAUUCAAAACUAUUUUCUGCAACAUUUAACAUUCAAACAUUUUUUGACAAUUUUUUUAAUUUUAGAGAAUUUGAGAAUAUAGCUACUUUUUUAUGUUAUAAAUACUUAUUUUCUUUUAUAUAGUUACACUAUUUACCCUAUGCAUUCGUAUGAUUGAUGUAUACUACUUGUCUUGUAAUUAAUAUCAAUUAUUUUUAAUUAAUGUGAAUUAAUAUCAAUGAAUGUUAAUGUAAAGUUUUAAUUCCCAUCUCCUAGAAUGUUUUCGUGUACUGAAUCGAUAAUAUCGCAUGUGAUACGAAAAUGGUAAAGUGGUUAAGUGAGUAUUAAAUUUCUAUGACAUAAUAAUAUAUCACAUUUAUUCUAUUGCUCGUCUGUGUUUAAAUGUAUGGACUUAAAUUAGGAAAAUUGAGAUAUAUUGUGAUAAAUAUAAUUAGGUAUUUCUAUUCUUUUCCUUUUUUUUUUUUGUACAAUUAAUUAGCCGUCGAUGAAACGAAAUGUCGUUGGAUAGAUCGUAAAUGAUUGAAUUCUUAUUCUCUAAAUGUUAGUUUUUUUUUUUUUUUCUUUUACAAUUCCGUUUAUCGUACGUACAAUUGAAUUAUCGUCAGUCGAUAAUAAUGAUCAAAGAUGAAUUUAGAAGGCAAGAAACGUUUGUCACGUUUUGUCAUCGAAUGCGCAAUUGGGAAAAAAUUUGAUUUAAAUAUUAAUAAAUAAGGUUAAAAACGCUUUUUCUCGAUCAUGCGUAUGUUAAUGAAAUCGAAUAAUUAGAUAUACAGGCGUCUAAUGCCAUUGAUGAGAUUCAGUACUUUAAGUAUAUCUAAUUCCAUUACUCGCCAUAUUCAGGAACGCACAAAUUAUCAAGGUCUCGAUUUACAGCUGAAUAAAUAACUGAUUAUAUUCUAUCUGCAAAUCAACAUAAUUUGUACAAUUCUUUUAAAUUUUGAAUCACCUCAGUCUCACGGAUAACGCCUAUAUAUCAAAUAAAGACAGACAGUUAGCCCAGCUGUAGUUUCGAGACUGAAUAAUAGUAAUAAUAAUAAUAAUAAUAAUAAUAAUAAUAAUAAUAAUAAUAAUAAUAUAACUGAAUAUACCGACACAUGUAAUCGAAGUUUCUGAAUGUUCGCGAAUAAUGCACUAUAUAGUAUAAUAUAAGCAUCGCUAUGCAAUAAACAGCUACAAUAUUUAGGUUUAUACUUAUACGCAUAAUGAUAUAUACGCAGCGUCCAAGUGUGUCUGGAUAUUCCUUAAUUUUUUUUUUUUUUUUCUAUACUACUAUACAUCAUUUUUUUUUUUUAACCGUUUUAAAUUCUCGAGAGGCAGGAACAUCAUGGAAUUGCCACGAGCGUGAACGGCCAGUGAGGAUUAAAUAAUAUUUCGCGAGAUCAUCCCGCGUCGUGGAUCGGGAGAGCCAAAGAGACUCAGUAGUUCAGCUCUCGUCUUGAUAAUUUAUUUCGAUUAUUUUCGAAAACUAUCUUUCGUCAAUCUGCGAAAUAUUAAUUUCCCCUCCUGGUCGUUACGAAAACAUUUUCGCACGUUCUUAUUUUUGGAUAUAUACUCUCCCCUCCCAUUUCUGAUGGACAAUUAACAAAUAGGAUCCACCUGCUCGAUCGAAUUGUAAAUAUAGCAAUGUAUGAUCCAUGAAUAUUUAUAAUUAAACUCGAAUGUAUCAAGGUUUCCAAUAAACAGUAGAAACAGAAUCCUUUUAAUCUCU